GGAGGAGGAGGAGGCGGCGGUGAGGAGAAGAUGGCGACUUCGAACAAUCCGCGGAAAUUCAGCGAGAAGAUCGCCCUGCAUAACCAGAAGCAGGCGGAGGAGACGGCGGCUUUCGAGGAGGUCAUGAAGGACCUGAGCCUGACGCGGGCCGCGCGGCUUCAGCUCCAGAAGUCUCAGUACCUGCAGCUGGGUCCCAACCGCGGCCAGUUCUAUGGGGGCUCCCUGCCCAACGUGAACCAGAUCGGCAGCGGCUCCAUGGACCUGUCCUUCCAGCCCAGCGGAUUUCUGGGGGAGGCCCUGGCAGCGGCUCCUGUGUCUAUGACACCCUUCCAGUCUUCGGGCCUGGACACAAGCCGGACCACCCGGCACCAUGGGCUAGUGGAUAGAGUGUACCGGGAACGCGGCCGGCUUGGCUCCCCGCACCGCCGGCCCCUGUCGGUGGACAAACACGGACGUCAGGCCGACAGCUGCCCCUAUGGCACGGUGUACCUGUCGCCGCCUGCGGACACCAGCUGGAGAAGGACCAAUUCAGAUUCCGCCCUGCACCAGAGCACCAUAACGCCCACCCAGCCCGACUCUUUCACAGGGGGCUCCCAGGAUGCACACCAGAAGAGAGUCCUGCUGUUAACAGUCCCAGGCAUGGAGGAGAACACCUCAGAAUCGGACAAAAACCUCUCCAAGCAAGGGUGGGACACCAGGAAGACGGGGUCCAGGCCCAAGUCUUGUGACGUCCCCGGUAUCAGCAUCUUCCCAUCCACCGACCAGGAGAACACCACCACGCUGAUCCCCGCCACGCACAACACGGGGGGCUCCCUGCCCGACCUCACCAACAUCCACUUCCCUUCCCCGCUGCCGACCCCCCUGGACCCCGAGGAGCCCACCUUCCCCGCGCUCAACAGCUCCGGCAGCACUGGCAACCUAGCAGCCAACCUGACGCACCUGGGCAUCGGUGGCGCCGGCCAGGGCCUGGGCACCCCCGGCUCCUCCCCGCAGCACAGGCCAGGCGUCAGCUCGCUGUCCCUGAGCUCCGACACCAGGCGGCCACAGCCCCAGCAGAUGUCACCACUCUCUCAGGCCGUGGCCAUGGAUGCCCUGGCCCUGGAGCAGCAGCUACCGUACGCCUUCUUCACCCAGGGUGGCUCCCAGCCACCACCACCCGCGUCCCAGCCACCGCCACCGCCACCGCCCGCGUCCCAGCCGCAGCAGCCGUCCGCACCACCCCCACAGGUGCCCGUCGGCCUCCCCCCGGGCGGCCCCCUGGUGCCCAGCGCCAGCCUAACCAGGGGGCCGCAGCUUCCCCCGCUCGCGGUCACUGUGCCGUCCUCUCUUCCCCAGUCCCCCCCAGAGAACCCCGGCCAGCCGUCCAUGGGGAGUGAUAUCGCCUCGGCGCCGGCUCUGCAGCAGUACCGCACGAGUGCCGGCUCCCCGGCCAAUCAGUCCCCCACCUCGCCUGUUUCCAAUCAAGGCUUCUCCCCUGGGAGCUCCCCACAACACUCCUCCACGUUGGGCAGCGUGUUUGGGGAUGCCUUCUACGAGCAGCAGCUGGCGGCCAGGCAGGCUAACGCACUGUCCCACCAGCUGGAGCAGUUCAACAUGCUGGAGACCAGAAGCGGCCUCUACAGCCCGGGCUCCACGCUCAACUACUCACAGGCCGCCAUGAUGGGCCUCACGGGCAGCCACGGGAGCCUGCCGGACCCCCAGCAGCUCGGCUACUCCAGCCACAGCGGCAUCCCCAACAUCAUCCUCACAGUGACGGGAGAGUCCCCCCCCAGCCUCUCUAAAGAACUGACCAGCUCCCUGGCCGGAGUGGGCGACGUGAGCUUCGACUCCGACAACCAGUUCCCCUUGGAAGAACUCAAGAUCGACCCCCUGACCCUGGACGGACUGCACAUGCUCAAUGACCCGGACAUGGUCCUGGCCGACCCGGCCACAGAGGACACCUUCCGGAUGGACCGCCUGUGAGCGGGCACCGCUGUCGCCAGUGCCACCACCGCCGGUCAGUGGGCUUCCCCACCCCAGGACGGCUGCGCUCCGUCCCCACCCCUCGCCAACGGCCAAGCUUACAGUGCCACCAAGCGCGCCUCCCCGGCCCCCCGCCUGCCCCCCGUCCCUACCCACGGGUC